AUGAACAAAAAGAAGAUCAUAUCCUUUGCCAUGUACGUAUGUACAUGGGUAUUGCUAAUUGUAUCCUUCUCCUCAUUCUGGUAUAAAGUGAACUACAUACAGAGUGAUAGACAGGUGCUCACAAAGUUCAAUGAGGAGAGGAUACUUGAGAGGACACCGAAUGGAGAGUACUCAGAGGUGGAAGGUUGGCAAAAUGCAAACAGCAGGAUACAUGAGAGAGAGCUCUACAGCACUUCAGUAUCAUUCAUAUUGUUGGCAUGGGUACAGAUCACUGUGUUGCUGCUGUUGAUUGCCCUGAGCAUGGCUGGCGCACUCAACAACAUCCGAUUCCUACCAUUCAAUCAUGUGAUUAGGGGACUGGGUCUGACCGCCAUCACAUUCAGUCUCAUUGGCUUGUUUGUAUUUGUUGGACUGCCCGCCGCCAAACAACGUGACUGCACCGAUCAACACUUCACUCUAUGUGGCGUAGCCGACCAGCAUCAACUCUAUGGCACCUACAAUGAUCAAAUUGAGUUCGCGCCUCAACUAGGUUGGAUCAUAAUCAUCUUUGGCGCCUUAUUCAACAUUGCAGGAACCGUUACAAGUUUCCUUGUCCGUUAUCAAGAAUAA